AUGUCUCUUGGUCGUCGUGGCGAGAAGGUCGAGUUGAUGGCGGGUUGCAGUCACCUCUCCAUGGCAAGUUUCCAAAGCAGGGAAGAUGAGAACUACAAGACAAUUAUCUCUGCCAUUAAGAAGAUCCGAAAGUUGGCACUGAAAGAUACAGCACCCACUUCAUCUGGACUGCACGAAACGGCUCAAGAAAUUCAGAACCUCCAGGUCAUUCAGUCAUCCCAGGCCACGACUAUACAUGCCGUCCAGAAUACGGUCUUGAACCAACAGGAUUUCAGCUUGCAGAAUGCAGUUACGGCCACUCACAAUACAUCUGGUGCUCGUGAAUUAAGCUAUGGCUCAUCGCAAGGUACCAUGAUAGCGCUUAAUCAGUCUAGACCGACAACCGAAAUCUUCCACAAAGUCAGGCAAGAAGCCCAAAACCCCACCAGAGGCCCUCCACAUCCCGCAAAACUACCAUUGAACCCCGGAGAUGCGGCACCCAGACCAGCAGUCGUCCGCCAACUUAUCGGUAACGAGGGCAUGCUCUCCACUUCUAGCAAUAUUCACAGAACAAACCAGCAAAUGCAUUAUACAACCAUAAAUAGCAUGGCAAUCGGUUCAUCCCAACACAUCGCUCCGCAGCCUAGUUCAGGGACAUACAACUACCCUCCAGUCCCGCAUCCAUUCCCUACCAAUCAUCCUACGACCCUUACAGCUGGGGCAAUGCCUGUUCAACUGACAUCCCCACAGAAAGUGACAAAGCCGCCGAAGGCAUCCUCAGGCGAGCAACGCCCCAAACCUGCAAAGCUACCAGGGACGAACCCGAUGCCGCAACAGACCCGCCCCAAUAAGCUAUACUCCACCCCCCAAGAAGCCCGGGUUUUCAAGAGGAUUUUCUCGUCUAGCAAGCUAUCGGAACCUGCCCCUGCCACAGGAGGCCCUGGAGUAUACUCGGGACCACAAAUUGGUCCACACCAGCCGUUGAAGCCGUCCAAGCCAUCCAAACCUCCGUCCGAGCCAACCAGUUUGGGAGGCCCUGGAGUAUACUCGGGACCACAAGUCGGUCCACACCAGCCAUUGAAGCCGCCGAAGCAGUUGAAACCGUUGAAGCCGUUGAAACCCUUGAAGCCAUCUAAGCCUUCAUCCAAACCUCCGUCCGGGCCGACCAGCUGGGGAGGCCCGGGAGUACACUCGGGAUCACGAGGCCUUCCGCAACAGCCGUACAAGCCGUAUAAGCCGUCCAAGCCUCCGUCCAUGCCGACCAGCUUAGGGGGACCUGGAGUACACUCGGGAUCACGAGGUGGUCCAUACCAGCCGUACAAUCCUCUAUCACAUACGCACUUGUCACCGUAUGGCCCGCCGAGACCGGGACAAGGCCCAUUAAUACAUGGUCACAAUCCUAAUGACCACUUCGGGCCAGGGCAGCAUCAAAUUUGGGGCCACGGUGAUGGCUUUUAUUUUGCACUAGGUCAAACUUCUAGUCACAUUACUAGUAAUGAUCCAAUCGAGCCCACAGGUUUAGUCGAGCAUCCAGCCGAGCAUCCAGCCGAGCCUCCAGUUGAGCCCACAGGCCCAGUUGAGCCUACCGGUCCAGUUAAGCCUCCAGUUGAUCAUACAGGUCCAGUCGAGCAUACGGGUCCAGUCGAGCCUAUAGGCCCAAUCAAGCCUUCGGGUCCAGUUGAGCUGGUAAAUCCAGCUAGGCCAAGAGGUCUAGUUGAUCCUACACCUUCAGUCGAGCCUAUAGGUCCAAUCAAGCCAAUAGGUCCAGUCCAACAUACAGGUCCGGCUGAGCCUAUAGGACGAGGUUUUACUCAUGAUGAGAGUCAUGGCCAGGCCCGGAAGCUUGAUCACAGUGACGAUCAGGCUCGCCAGUCCCAGAAUCAAAGCAAUCGAAGUCGAAAUAUAGCCGCUGGCCUUGCAGGUUUAGCUAUAGGUGCGGGCGGUGCAGCUCUUAUGAUGGCUUCCAUGAGCCAAGGCAAAGAAAAUGACGAAAAAAACGUUAACGACGACAACAACUACGGAGGAGAUGACGACAGUGAUGAAGAUGAUAGUGAUAGUCAAGGAGAAGGGGGAGGUGACAGUGACAGUGACAGUGACAGUGGUGAUGAUGAUAGUGAUGGUCAGGAAGCAGUGGGAGGUUAUGGUGACAGUGAAGAGGGAGAUGGUGACAGUGAUGAAGAGGAUAGUGAAGAGGGAGGUGGUGACAGCUAUGAAGAUGGAGGUGAUGGCAGUGAUGAGGAUAGUGAAGAGGGAGGUGCUUACAGUGCUGAAGAUGGAGGUGACUACAGUGAUGAAGAGGCAGAUGGCGGAUGGUAG